AUGGCUGAUGUGAUACUUACUGUAUUCUAUUGUAAUGUUGUGUGUGUUUUGUGUCCAGGUAUUGCUGGUCUGUUCACCAUCUUCUCCAGCUUUGUGUUCGGUACCGUGGUCGUUCAGUUUCUGGGCAAAGAGCUCACAGGACUGAAUGAGGCUCUGCCGUUCUUCCUGUUGCUGAUUGAUCUGUCUAAAGCCUGCACACUGGCCAAGUUUGCUCUCAGCUCAAACUCACAGGAGGAGGUCAGAGAGAAUAUCGCUAAAGGCAUGGCCAUCCUGGGUCCCACAUUCACCCUGGACGCAGUGGUGGAGUGUCUGGUCAUCGGUGUGGGAACAAUGUCUGGUGUGCGUCAGCUGGAGAUUAUGUGCUGUUUCGGCUGCAUGUCGGUUCUGGCCAAUUACUUUGUGUUCAUGACCUUCUUCCCUGCCUGUGUGUCGCUGGUGUUAGAGCUGUCCCGUGAGAGUCGCGAGGGCCGGCCCAUCUGGCAGCUCAACCAUUUCGCUCGUGUUCUGGAGGAAGAAGAGGGAAACAAACCAAACCCCGUCACUCAGAAAGUCAAAAUGAUCAUGUCUUUGGGUCUGGCGCUGGUUCAUGCUCGCAGUCGACUCGUGACUGAAUCUCCGACACACAACAUGAGCAGUUCAGAUGUGGUUCUGCCUGCACCGAACAUGGAGUCCGACAGAACCAUGUCCAGUGUGGAUCUGGAGCAAGUCAUCACGCUCUCUCUCGCUCUGUUACUGGCGGCCAAGUACGUGUUUUUCGAGCAGGCCGAAACAGAAUCCUCCCUGUCUAUUAAAUCCUAUGUGGCCACACCCAACUGCUUCCUGACCAAUAGGAGAGGAGGAGAGGAGUGCUGUCAGAGGGAUUUGGCCCCGCCCAAAGCCCUGAUGGGGGUCCCUACGAAUAAAACUGAUCAAGAGCUGCUUGAUCUGUCAGACGGAAACAAUGAGGAGGAAAAAAACGAUGAGCUCCAGUCUCACCAGCGCCGCCCUGUGGACGAAUGUCUGAUGAUUCUUAAAGACCCCAAAAGAGGGGCUCGUUGCCUGACUAACGCUGAGGUGAUGGCAUUAGUGGAGUGCAGGGGCAUUCUGGGAUACCGUCUGGAAGCAGUGAUGGAGAGUCCAGAGAGAGGUGUGGCCAUACGCAGAGAAAUGCUGUCUGCCAAACUCCCGGAGGCGUCCGCGCUGGAGAACCUGCCCUACAGACACUACGAUUACUCGAAGGUGAUUGGCACCAACUGUGAGAAUGUGAUUGGCUAUGUACCUGUGCCAGUGGGUGUGGCUGGACCACUCCUAUUGGACGGGAAAGAAUUCCACGUCCCCAUGGCAACAACAGAAGGCUGUUUAGUGGCCAGCACUAACCGAGGAUGCAGAGCCGUCACAUUGUCGGGUGGCGUGAGCAGUCGUGUUCUGGCGGAUGGAAUGACUCGAGGGCCGGUUGUUCAGAUGCCGUCGGCGUGUCGAGCGGCGGAGGUCAAGGGCUGGCUGGAGAGUCCAGAAGGGUUCAGUGCCAUCAAACAGGCCUUCGAUCACACCAGCAGGUUUGCUCGUCUGGACCGGCUGCAGGCCAGUUUGGCCGGGAGGAACCUGUACAUCCGCUUCCAGUCUCAGACCGGAGACGCCAUGGGCAUGAACAUGCUGUCAAAGGGAACAGAACAGGCUCUGAGCAGACUUCAGGAGCGUUAUCCUGACAUGCGUCUGCUAGCCGUCAGCGGGAACUACUGCACCGAUAAAAAACCAGCCGCUGUCAACUGGAUCCACGGCAGAGGAAAGUCCACCGUGUGUGAAGCCAUCAUACCGGCACGAGUCGUCGGAGAGGUGUUGAAGAGCAGCACAGCGGCUCUGGUGGAGCUGAACAUCAGUAAGAAUCUGGUGGGUUCAGCGAUGGCCGGAAGCAUCGGGGGUUUCAACGCUCAUGCGGCAAACAUCGUAACAGCCAUUUACAUCGCCUGCGGACAGGAUCCGGCGCAGACGGUGGGCAGCAGUAACUGCAUUACUCUGAUGGAGUGUGUCGGGACGGAUGGAGAGGAUCUGUAUUUGUCCUGCACGAUGCCGUCAUUAGAGCUGGGAACUGUGGGAGGAGGAACCGGGCUGCCCGCACAACACGCCUGUUUACAGAUGUUGGGAGUUCACGGCUCCAGCGAUCAGUGUCCCGGUGAGAACUCGCGGACGCUGGCGCGGAUCGUCUGUGCCACGGUUCUGGCCGGAGAGCUCUCUCUGAUGGCCGCACUCGCCGCCGGACACCUCGUCAAGAGUCACAUGACUCACAACAGGUCAAAAGCCAAUCUUCGAGAGACUGAACCGCAGCCGAAUGAAGCUUCCUGAAGCACAGAGAACUCUGGGAAACGGAGUCUGUGUGGCUUCUCGUGAAGACACGGCCUGCAGGAGUGACAGAUGUCUGGAGGAGUUCUCUUCUGUGAAGCAGCUGGGAAAUACUAAUGCUUGAUGUUUGAGUAAAUGAGCGAGAUUCUGCUGCGUUUGUGACUCGAUUGCUGCUCGUUUCGCUCAGUCUGUGUCUGUUUAGUCUUGCACUAAAAGCUAAAACCGUUACUUGCUCAAGAUUAGUCAAAACCUGGUACAAACUGAAGUCAAAACAAGUCAAAGUUUAUAUUGCUUGAUAGUGAAAACUGCAGAAAAUGGGACGUGAAAACAGGCUUUUUUGCACACCGGUGGAAAAUUUCUAGACUAAAUCAUGAUCUCGGAUCAGUUUGAUGGGGAUUUUGCGGUUUGGAUCGUCAGUCUCUGAAUGAAUGUGUUUAAUUGAUCACGCCAAACUCACUGUGACAAACUCCACUGACGGACCUUGUAAACGAGGUGCUACUGUAAUAUAAUAGGCAGAGUGUGAAUGUGUGUUAUGUGUGUAAAGAAAUGGGUCUGAUGGUGUUGCAUUUCUGUUGCCUCUGAAUGAAUGCAUGACUUUUUGUCAACGAAAGCAAAUCCUUUCGCUUUCUGGCCAUAGAAAGUGCUGAUGAAGCCAUAUCUGUGUCUUUUAAACUUGCUUUGUCUUGCUUAUUUCUCGCUAAACCACUGAUCAGAUGAGCAUAUUUUUAAAUUAUCACAGUAGUUUUGAUAAUU